CGGCGGCCAAAGCCUCCGCGACCCAGGCGGGCGCCCUUGAAUGGAGCGCGCGCCGCCCUUAGAGCGCAGCGUCGCCCAGGCAGGCAGAACCUCCCAGGUCUAGAGGGGAGGGGGAGUGACUCGGACAGGAGUCUCCCCCGCGCGCCGCCACUCGGGCUACGUGAGCGCGAGGCCUCCCCCCGGUUGCCCCACGCAGAUGGUACGCCCCGCUGUGGCGCAUAUAUAUCUAUCUAUCCAUAUAGCCCUGUCAGGAGACGGUCCCCGCCAAGCCGUCGAGCAGCUUCUCUCGGGGGGUGGGAAGCGGAGCCUUGGUCGGCGGGGUCCCGCUCGCCGCUCGCCGCUCUGCCUUCCUCCUCCUCCUCCUUCCCGCCCCACUUCGGCGUGUGGGGCUGGGUCAUGUCUACGGGCUCCCUGAGCGACGCCGAGGAGCUGCCGGAGAUGGACCUGAGGGGGCUGCAGCUCGACUACCCGGGGCCGCCCCGCUCCAAGCGGCGUCCCCGAGGCGAGCCCUGCCCUUCGGCGGGAAACUCCUCCGCCGCGGAAGAGGAGGAGGAGGAAGAAGACGACGACGAGGAGGAGGAAGACGCGGAGACGAGCUGUGGCGGCAAGAAGAAGCGAGCCAAGGGAGCGCCCGCGGCGGGAGAAAGCAACGGCGGCGGCGGCGAGAAGCGUCCUCCGGCGUCGGGCCGCGGCGGCCCGGUAGCGGCCGAGUGCAAGCAGACGCAGCGCAACGCGGCCAACGCGCGCGAGCGAGCCCGCAUGCGCGUGCUGAGCAAGGCGUUCUCGCGCCUCAAGACCAGCCUGCCCUGGGUGCCCCCGGACACGAAGCUCUCCAAGCUGGACACGCUGCGCCUGGCCUCCAGCUACAUCGCCCACCUCCGGCAGCUGCUGCAAGAAGACCGCUACGAGAAGGGCUACGUGCACCCCGUCAACCUGGUAAGAGCUUCUCGCGGGAAGGCGCCCGCGGAGCAAAGCUGGUGUGCUGGUGGUGUGGUUGUUUAGUCGCUUAGUCGUGUCCGGCUCUUCGUGACCCCAUGAACCAGAGCACGCCAGGCACUCCUGUCUUCCACUGCCUCCCGCAGUUUGGUCAAAUUCAUGCUGGUAGCUUCGAGAACACUGUCCAAACAUCUCGUCCCCUUCUCCUUGUGCCCUCCAUCUUUCCCAACAUCAGGGUCUUUUCCAGGGAGUCUUCUCUUCUCAUGAGGUGGCCAAAGUAUUGGAGCCUCAGCUUCAGGAUCUGUCCUUCCAGUGAGCACUCAGGGCUGAUUUCCUUAAGAAUGGAUGCAUUUGAUCUUCUUGCAGUCCAUGGGACUCUCAAGAGUCUCCUCCAGCACCAUAAUCCAAAAGCAUCAAUUCUUCGGCGAUCAGCCUUCUUUAUGGUCCAGCUCUCACUUCCAUACAUCACUACUGGGCACGUUAAACCAAGGGUGCUCCUGAACACAUGCAGAGCACACCUUUUCUGUCACCACAGAAUCAUACCAGGGCUCGCACAUCUAUGGUUCGGUGUCAAGAGUUUGCAGAGCAGGAAGUGGUGUGUAGACGGGCACCUCAGGCUUCUUGAAUUCUAAACACCGCACAGGGAUCAUGAACAAAAAGUCCCAGGAAUUUAAGCUAUAUGGGCAACCUAUAUGAACUUGAACCUGGCACCUGCCACUUUAGGAAUUCUUGUUUGGCUUUUUCCUAGACACAGGUGAUUGGUUAAUAUGAUCCAUAUCUGCCUAUUAAGAUCUAAUUUGUUUUUAAAAAUCAGCCUCUUGUUUUGUCAGAUGAAGCAGUUAAAAAAUAUCUGGUAGUUUACUCCUGUAGACAUUAAUGGCUAAGCAGCAACCCCCAGACAUUUUCUAAGGCAACUAAUGGAACUUUUGAGAAUCAUUCAUUCUCUCAGUAUACACAAAUUACUGCAAACUAGAAAUAAUGUAAUAGUUGUAAUAAUAUACAUCUGUGCUGCAGACAUGGGAACUGUAGUAUCCUUAGAGUUGGAGGAGCUUUAUCACCUGCUAACCAUGUUGAUAAUGCACAGCUAAAGGCGACUUAUGAGUUUUUGUGUAAGCUUGAGUGGAUGAAAAAAAUCUCAGUGAUUUUAUUUAAAUUUGAGGUGAGAAAAUUGUGGUUCCCUGCUCUCCUCAUCUCUGACAGUUGGUUGCACUGGCUGGAGCUGAUGCAGCUGGAAUCCACCACUGGCUGGAGGAUCAGAGGUCCCGCAUCCUUGAUUAUAUCUUGAACUUCUGGCUCCUUUUCCAUGUUGUCAGUAGGAGCUCUGUCUAUGGAUUCCCAUCUGUCCGUGGAGAGUUUUCUUCCUGGGUUUUAAGCAGUUGUGGGUCUAUUAGCACAGCAGUGGAGUGUAUCUUUUAUGCUUGUCUCUGAAGCACAGUAUUUUAAAGCUCUGAAAUGCUAACCUGAUCAAUGUGCACAUAAAAAAACACAAUUGCUUUGUUGGAUGAGAUGAUGAAUCUUCAUCUUGUUUAGCUUUCUCUUUCCAGCAGUGGCCAAGUUUGGCCAGAAGUGGAGCAUGGAAGUGAUGGCUGUCCUUUAAUGUGUCCCAGAAUAAGUACACCUGUUGCUAGCUUAAUUUAUAAUAUAAUCUCCACAUUCUUUUGGUAAUAGAUUCACUAAGUUAUGUAUUGGGUGAGGAAUUACUUUUGCCUGUUCUGACCCUAUUGUUGUUUUUUGUUGGAUGGUCCUAAUUUGAGAGGGGGGGGCUUCUUGCUCUUUUUCUCCAUGCAGUUCCUAACUUUUAAAACCUCUAACAUGGUCACUGGUUUCUAAAGGACACAACCUAAAUCUUCUUGGAUUUUCUUUCAUAGGGAAGAUGCUCCAACCCCAAGUAUGCAUGGUGAACAUCUAAGUAUACAUGGUUAGGAUUAAUUCCUCAGGUCCAAGAAUACUGAAACAAAAUACUUGAUUUUACAAUGUGGAUCUGUUUCUGGCAGAAUAUUAUUCAUAUGCAGAUUUUACUCAUGAAAGUUUUUAUGAUUUCUUAAGCUGUCUGACACACUUAGAAUAUACAUCUGUGUAAAAAACUGCAUCAAAGCUUAAGUUGCACUUAGUACAUUCAUAACUUGCCCCUCUUAAGGAGUUCUGUCAAGUUCUAGCUUCACAGUGAGCAUGUGAACAGUCCCAAAACAUCUUGUUCUUCAAGGCCAUACAAUGAGCUUAAUAGCCACAUGGGGAUUUGAAUUUGAGCUUCAUAUAUCUAGACCCAUUCACUUGAACCACUUCUCUGUUUGAAAGACAGUUGUAGUCAUUUUCAACAAAGCUAAUGUGUGAACAAGCUGCAGUAGUCUUAUACACCUCCAUAAAUGAAUGCUUUUAAAAAUCAAUGAAAAAAAUCCUACUGAACUUCAGUGUAAUAUUAUAUUGAAUAUAUAUUUUGCCAAUGUGUGUCAGUUCUACAGAAAGUAAGGACAGGAGAGAGUGUUUAAAUUAAUAACUAGGUUCUUUCUGUUCUGUGAAUGGGGGUAAACUUGAAAUUGGUAGCAGGCUUCAGCCCCCCCCCAUUGUUAUCAUGACUGUGUAAGUACCAGAUUUCAAGGCUCUGCUUUCACAAAAAGAGAAAUUGUUAAGUCAAAAUACCAAUAACACGCAGCAUAAGUUUGCCUAAUCACCUUGAAGCAUCAGAUAAGUUUGUAAAGAGAAUCUUGCAUUUUGCUUGGCCAACAGACCAAAACAAACUGAGGCAAAGCAUCUUGCAUUCUGCUGGACCAACAUACUCCUCUGGGUUGCCUUGCCUUGCGUUAUUUUGGAAUAAAGCAGAGGAGAGUUAUGCAUACAAAACCAGGUUGAGGUUCAUUAGUGUUUGCCAAGGGGUAUAGGCUGCAGUUAACAGCGUAAAGUGAGAAGAGUUUUAAGCCUUCAGCACUUUUUCUCCCAGCAGAAUCAGACACCUUAAAGAGAAAGUUAAUGCGAUUCAAGGGGUGCUGUGUGACUUUUAAACACCCUUUCAAGAAAAUGCUUUUGAGUUUUUUCUUGAAAUGGGGACUGGAACAGAAAUAGCAGUAGGAUUUUUGUUGUUUGCAUAUUUUCGCCUUUUUGUCUAACAUUGAAUACCGCUUUAAUUUCAGACCUGGCCAUUUGUGGUUUCAGGAAGACCAGAAAGUGAUACCAAAGAGGUUUCAACAACCAACAGAUUAUGUGGAACUACAGCUUAGUUAAAGUAAGCAAUACUCUUGCUGGUUAUGCUUACAUACCAUCCUGACUUGUAUGGACCAAAACAAACUGAUGCAAAGAAAUCAAGUCUGCUUAGUGUUUAAGCCCUCUCCUUGUUCAUUUUGAAGGGAAAAUGCACUCAAAAAUAUAAUGAAGAAGGAAAGAGGGAAUUUGCUGAAUUUUCUGAUUCAGCAAAACUGGUUGGUUUGGAAAAGUACUUUUCUGCAUCGUUACCUGAAGAAACUGUUCCAAAGCCUUUUUGACUAACUGAAGAUAUACAGGAGGACAACUCCACUAGCAUUAACAGCAUGGACCAAAAAUAUAGAUUGUACAAGCUAAUCCCAAACAGUGUUAUUUGUAUGCCAAAGGAAAGUGGUAUUCUAGACUAGUGUGCAAAACUCAAAAUUUAUAAUAUAUUUGAUCUUAUGUUCUUGGCAGCUAUGCAAUAGUAAGACUACUUCUAUCAUUUUAGCCAUGUUAAGAAACAAAAAAACCCUAAGAUGAAAAGGUAGCAAGAAUCCAGCUGCUCCUUUACAGCCUGCUCCACAAAUGCAGUUAAUCAAGUGAAUUUAAGCCGAACCAUAUCCAUCUCAAUGAAGUUGUUGGGGCUAAAUUUUCUUCUAUGCAAGUAUGAGGUCUUAAGUAGAUCAUGGAUCAAAGUCGUUCGUAAAUUCUUGUUGGACGAGGGCUAGUGAUCAUAUUUUUGUGCGGAUUACUUUCAGUGGGAUGCAUUCAGCAAAGGUGCGUGAAGUUCCCUUAACCUGAAACAGGAAGCCUGUUCACUUCAGACUGGAGAAGAAGUGCUUUGCAAGAAGGUGGUACUUUUAUAAUGGUUUAGGAGAUUUGGAAGGGACGCGGGUGGCGGUGUGGUCUAAACCACAGAGUCUAGGGCUUGCCGAUCAGAAGGCCGGCAGUUCGAAUCCCGCGGUGGGGUGAGCUCCCUUUGCUCGGUCCCUGCUCCUGCCAACCUAGCAGUUCGAAAGCAUGUCAAGUGCAAGUAGAUAAAUAGGUACCACUCCGGCGGGAAGGUAAACGGCGUUUCCGUGCACUGCUCUGGUUUGCCAGAAGCAGCUUAGUCAUGCUAGCCACAUGACCCAGAAGCUGUCUGCGGACAAAUGUCGGCUCCCUUGGCCUAUAGAGCGAGAUGAGCGCGCAACCCCAGAGUCGUCCGCGACUGGACCUAAUGGUCAGGGGAACCUUUACCUUUACCUAGGAGACUUGGAACUUCCAAACCUGCUGUGUUUCCCCCACUUCUCUCAAGCCUUCAGGUAUCAAUCUUUCUGGAGUUCCCUUUGCGAAUGAUGUAGUAACCAGUAUUUCAAAUGUAAAUAACUCUAUUUUUAUACAUGAUAUUAAAAGCUUUGUUGCAAGGAUACUAUGAAUUCUUAGUCAUGGUUUGAGGGGGGAAACCCCAAUUGCUGAAAAAUCCAGAAAUAUUCAUAGAAUUGGACUUAAUGGCUGCAAUCUGAAGUGGAGCAAACUGAUUAACAGAGUGAGUGUGUCUGAGCAUUCAUUGACCUUGCCUGGAAUGGGAAGUUGUGUGCGCGCGCAUGUACAUGAAAAGGAGAGGGGUGUCACUUCAUUGUGACAAGAUAGUUGGAAGUAUUGUUGAAAAUUCAGGUAAGUAAUUUUUCUUGGAGGUGGAGAAACAUUGAAGUGAAAAUAAUUGAUCUUUGCCACUGUGGACAUCAGUGAUGUCCUCUUUUGCAGUUAUUCAUUUGCAUUGGGAAAGAUUCCUGAGCUUCCCCAGUUGGAAGCAAAUUAUUCCUCUUCCAGAUCACCAAUCCUGAAAUGCUUUGUUUUCAAAGCAUUGCUUUGUGGCUUGCCUCACAGUAAUAUUUGGAACUGGUGAUUACAGUGACAUUUUGAAGAUGCUUUAUCCCUAUAGCUCAGUUGCUGGACAGCAAAAAUGACUGCUUCCCCCAAUAACAUUGGUGAAAAAACUUGUUUGUGCACAGAUACCUCUGGUUCAAAUCAUUGAACUUCAUUUCACCUCCAGAUAGCAUUCUUUAUGGACAAUUGUUUUUAUAACACAUUGAUCUGGUAUUCACUAAACAAGAGAAGGCUGAAAUAAAUUAAUUGUAUAGUAGAAAUUACAAUCCAUUGCAUAGAUUUACCUUCGAGUUUAGGUUAUGUGAUAAAAGAACAUGAAAUGGUGACUUCUGCUGUACUUGGAGAAUUUCUGUUGAAGAAAGGUGAGCAAUACAACAUUUCCUUAUUCACAUAACUCUGGUCUACUUUUCCCUUCUGCAGAGAAAAAUCAAAUAGCUAAAUCAAAUGCUUUCAUUUAACAUAAUAAACAUUGGGCUCACUUUUUUUUGCAGCCACAGUGAAUGAGAGAGAGAGAGAGAGAGAGAGAGAGAGAGAGAAGGAGGAGGUUCAACUAUUUCUAUUAGGUGCUGUGUGAAAAGCUUAUUUCUUGACCUGGGCUAUUCUCUGGAACUGAGCCCAGCUGCAAUUGGGUAACAACUCUUAGAGAUUGGAGAAACAAGAGAAAAAAUAAAACAGUUUAAAUAACUUAUACUGGAA